UUAUAUCUCACAUCAAGCCCAAGAAUAACACGUGACUUAAAUAAGAUCUUGGCUUAAUAAGAUUGUGUCUAAACAUGUAGGUACCAUAAACACACAAUAUAUAUAGCAUAUACAUCAAACGAAGACGCAGUGGCAAAGAGCUUCACCGGAAACGCAGCAGCCGAGAGUUUCACACGAGACGCAGAAGCGGAAAGCUCUAUCAAAGACACAACGACAGAAAGCUUGACCAGAGACACAGAGGCCGAGAGCUUUACCGGAGACGCAGCAGCCGAGAGCUUCACCGGAGACGCAACGAAGUUGAAAAGACUGAGAUUUCGGUGCACCGCUGGAGCUUGAGUUUUAUCAGUGUACUACCGGAGCUUCUCGUCGCUUUGUCAGUGUUCUUUUUCCUGCACAACAACCGUUCACCAGAACAAAAAUGUAAAACCAGAAAAUAACAUGUGGUUUGAUAUGAAAAGAUUUGUGAAAAGAUAUUUGUAGUAAACAAGAUUGUGGCAAGUCAAACUAAAUAUUUGGAGGAUUUAAACGAUAGAUGUAUUACAUGAUCUACGGUAUGAGAUAUGAAAACAGCAAAUUUAACUGGAAAGAAAGAAAAACUAAAAUUUUAUACGGUUAAUUACUAGUGGGCUGGAAGAGAGAGAAUGAGGGAGAAGGAUUUCGAAAUUUGAAAAUUUUAGAAAAUAAUUAAAGGAAGCUAGAGAGUAGCUUGAUGUGAUGUUAGAUGACGAUUUUCCCGUAGGAAUAAUAUCUUUAGCAAGACUUAACCUAUUGUUUUCCUUCAAGCUUAUUACGGUAAUGUAGGGGCAGCAGAGUCAUAAAAAAAUCGAAUAGUAGCUUAACAUUCCGCAUUGGUAUAUCACUAAUUAUGCAUAAGUUUAUACUUAAUUAUAAUAAUAUUUUAUUAAAAUUUAUAUUAUCAGUGGGUCCUGUGAAUUACCUGCAAAUUUGGGCGGGUACACGAUAUUUUUUAGCGUAUUAUGCACGGGUCAAAAUUUUGAAUAAAGAAAAUAACUCUCCUGUGGGUUAGCAGAUCAAGGAUCAAGUAGAGUGGAUUGACCCGCAAACCCAACUCUAGCUACUACAUCGAAGAUAUGCUUAAAUUUUUUUUAUAUCAGUCAUUCUGUUAUUGAUAGCCAAGGCGCCUUUCGUAAUGAAUGUUAAUAGGUUAUAUAAAAUUUUAUAAGAUUUUUAUUUUUGAAUUGAUACUUUGCCAAGUAAGAUCCCAUCAGACCGGACAGUCGAGUUGCACCAAACAUGUCCGGAAAGUCUUUAGAGCAAUCAAUAUAGUAGUUCCAAACACUACUAUUACAAACAUAGCCAGCAUUGAGGAAGUGAAACGUUUGCACCAGCUAACAAUUUUCCCAAACGGCUACGAUUCAUGGCUCUUACGGAUCGCUUAUAGAAGAUUCCAAUGUAGACAUCGUCUACUUUUUUAUGCCAACCAGAAGGAAAAACACAUACCAUUUGAUAAGCAUGUAGCUCUAAUGGUUUCUAAGUAACUGAGUUUGAUCAGAAUAAAGCUAGUGGGAGUCACUUUAUAUUCCACACUCUACUUGAUGCCAUUCCGCUUAUAUCCUUCUUAAUUUUUGACCUCUCCAUUUUACAUCAAAACUUAUUUUCUUUUACCAAGCACUAAUUGUUUUUUUUCUUAAUAAUAAUUACUCAAAACCAGUUGAUCAAGUGAUAAUUAUAGUUCUUUGGUUAUAUAUAAACUAUCAUUAUGAUAAAUAAGUAAUCUAAGUACCACAUUGGAUAUUAGAUAAAAAAAAGUCUACUAUAUAUAUAAUUCAACUUUGCUUAGUAUGAGGUAACCGACCCAAAAACGUUUGUGAGGGCUUAGGUCCAAAAAAAAAAUACCUUACCAAGUAAGGUGUUGGGAAAUAAGGUUGGACAUCAAGAAACGGAAAUCUGCCUUUAGCAAAGUGUGUAGCCUUUAGCACAUGGAAUAUAGUCUGUCACAAUAAUAAUUUUUUGUUAUAUUUUCAAAAUAGUAAUAUAUAUACUAGAGAAUAAUUAAUUUCCCAAAAAAUAAAAAUAUAUUUUGAAUUAUCUUAAUUAAAUUUAAUCUUUGAUUUUGAGUAGUCAAUGUUUAUGCGACACAAUGAUGAGGAUAUACAACCAAGGACGACCCAAGCAAGCUCCCGAUCAUGAGGCAGCCACCAAGAACAAAGUUCGGAACCAAAGACAUGAUGAAGGAAUUCAAAACAGCCAUUGAGAUCCUACUCAACCAAUAUGAACUCAAGAACCCAACAAUAAACAGGACUAGCCCAUCCUCGACCAGAAGGCAAAGGCCUAAAUUGACCCAAAACCCAUGCAAGAAAGGUCUAAACCCCCAAGAUAUAAAUACUUUAGGUUAUACACCUAUGUGGCCUUUAUUCUCGACCAAACAAGGAGCUUCCAUUUCUGUGAUCAGCCCUAAAUGAAACAGUACACUUCAAGACCACGAGAGAGGCCAACAAAAUGCAGUACUUUGACGAACUCAAACCAUAAUCACUCAGCUGCACAACUUUCCCAAUCUAGCUAAUAUUCAACCAUUACAACUAAUGUAAGUAAUUAAAUUCUUGAUUACUAUUGGACUAAUUACUUGUGUUUAUUUUUGCUUUAUUUUGUUCAUUAGAAUUCUUUAGUCUAAAGCACUUUUUAGCCGAUUGCAUUUUCUAGACUCUAGUUGUUUUUCAUUUUCAAGUUGCAUUUGCUUCAAAUCUCCUAGAAGGGAAAAGAUGCAUUUGGCCAUUAUAUAAUUCCCCUAUAAGCAGCCGUAUAUCUUUAUCAAAGUAUCCCUUAUAUACUAAAGCACAAGUCACAUAACCAUUAUAUAAGGGAUUUUGACACAUGGCAAAGCUUUAAAAAAAAAAAAAUUUGUAUUUUCUUCAUCUCCUAUUUUUGUGCAAUCCAAAUCUUCAACUACCUAAAUUCCUGAUUUUUCUCAAAAUUUUCAUCUCACGUUUUAGUUAACUUCUUCGUUCUCCAACUAUUUUCUUCUCUAUAAAAUUUAAAAACUUACUGUUUUCUUCUCUACGCUUUAUCUAUCACCAAAGAUUGUGUAAUUUGUAAUUGAUUUAUCAAAAGCAGGAGCCAGUUCACAUUAUCAAAAAGGAUACGGUAAGUGCUUCAUUGUUAUUAUAUAGCGAUGGAAAAAUAUGAGCAAUCAAUCCCACGUGUUCUUGCAACUCCAAGUCUCCUAAGUUAAGUUUCAUGUCUGUUUUUGUCAAUUAUAUUUUAAAAUAUUAUGUUACCUAUUUCUUACAGAUGGAGAACACAUAUUUGAAAUAAGAUGACAAGGGAUUUCUACUAUGUUUGCCAGUAAAAAUAUUUCAUGAAUCAUCAACAAACUUGAAGCAACAUCAAAUAUGACAGAAGGGGAAGUUGCUAACAAUGAAGAAAUCUGAAGAAACAAACCAUCAAUUCAUUUUCAGUAAGCACCAGGGAAAAAGUUACAGCAAUUUAUAUCUAAAAUUAAGGUAACAAUAAAAACUUUUCUUAUACUAUAAUCAUAUUGUCACGAAUCCAUUCAAUUUUUUUUAAUAUGAAUAUAGGAAACUACACAUGAGGAUGAUAAUUUUCACAAUGUUUUAGAAAAAAAGGCAAAUCAAACUUCAUAUUUUUUUAGAGUGGACAAGGUUUAAUCAACUACAAAAAUAUACUAGGUUAGUGAUAUUUUGUUUCCUAUCUUUCAAAAUGGUUAUAAUACUUUUUCUUUGAACUAUGUUUUUCUGUGUUGAUAUAAAUGUUAACUUUUUAUAUUUCCAUUUAAGAAAGAGAAAAAUAGAGUAUUUGAAAACAUGAAAAAUACAAGUAUCUGAUUCCAACCAUAUAAAUUGCUGCACAUAAUAAUAUAUUCUUUAAAAAAAAUAUAAAGCAUCAUCAUGUCACGGAAGGUUCAAAAUCAGGAAUGGUGUAUUAACACCACAUUAUAAAGUCAAAAACUUAUGGACAAUUACCACUACAUUUGUGACUCGGGAUAUCAAUGAAGAAAAACAUAAGUUGAAUUGUUAGAGGAUAAAAUGUAGUGUUAAUAGAGGUUUUAAUUAAUGGAUACAGGCUGUAGAUUUCAUACUACUUCCUCUGUAAAACAAAAGAUCAUUUACUAUGUUUAUAAUUUAUCUACUGAUCACAUGCUUCUGUAACAAAACUUGAUUAAUUCAGAAAAAUAAUUGUACCUUAAUGGCUUCAUGUUUUCCAUCUAUACUCCCACUACCUCUCCGAUAUUAGAAUUUCACCCGUUAUUCUUGGCAUAAGUUAACUGAGACGAUCUUCAAAUGAGUAGAAUAAGAUAGAUAAAUAACCAUCAUUUAUUUUAAAAACAACACAUAAAUUUUGUUUUACAGUUUCUAACCGCUUUGUUCCAAUGCAACAACCCUCAUGUUACAAUAUUUGAUUAAAAUACUAAUUUUUUUGAUCAAACGUUAUGAUAAAAUAAUUUAAAACACAAUAACUUUGACCUGUGCGUAGCACAGGAGUAACACUAGUCAAUAUAUAACUCAGAAAAUAUUCUUAGAAUAAUCUUUGAUCUCUAUUUGCAUUUUGCUUAGUCCAUAAGUCUUUGUGGUGACCAUCACUCCCCCGGUUCCUGAUUUCAUUCGAUCCAAAGAGAUUUUUACAGCCAUUGGGGUAGUUUCCCACCAGUCGACCAUUCCACUUGACCAACACUCACUCAACCACCGCUCACCGACCACCUUCUUUCCUUCCAUUCUAUCAUAUUAGUCCUCGUUGAUCUCUUUCAUCUUAUCAUAAUGUCAUUCACGUUUUAUUUGUUCCAGGUUCUCAUUUGGUUCAUAAAAUCAUCACCCAACCACCAUCGACCACUCGGCUACCCUUUGGUUGACCGAAUACCAAGCUCCAUCGACCCGACCUUUGGGUCUUUUGGUAUCUGAGCCUAAAAAGGCCAUAUCAGGUUCUAUCGCUUCCUUUAAUCUUUUUCAUUCUUGUUAAGUAAUUUUCAUAAACUAAAACCCAUUAAAAUUUUUUUACCAUUUUUUAAAUGAAAAAGAAAAGAAGAAGAAGAAUUUUUAGUUGUUGAUAAAAAAACUUAAAAGAAAAGAAAGUAAAUAUUGUUGUUUGAUUUGCUUGUUUACUUUUCUUUGACAUUCUUUGCAUAUCAUUUUCUGCUAACUUUGCAUUCCUUAUUUAUCUUAGCACGCGUUUUAUCAUAUUUUCUUGUGCAUUCAAAUUUCAUAGAUAAACAAAAGAAGAAUUUUAUUGCAUUGUUUUUUUUAUUCUAUCUCGAAAAUACACAAACCCAAGCUUAGUUUAUUUUUUCUCUAAACAUAUUACAUUAAUCUCUUGCAUUUUAUUCGACCAACCUUUCUUUUUCCCUACUUGCACUUGAUCUUCGGUUGUUUCCUUGUGUUUCAGGGAAAUGGGAGACACUAACACGAAACAAGCAUAAGAGGUUGUACUGGACCAACUCGUGGGCACUAUGCAGGCCAUGAACGACCGGCUAGGUCGACUGGAGCAAGAUCAGCAACAUCAUGACCUACCAUUCGGUAGUGAUGACACUGACCAAGGAGCUCAAAGAGCUGGAGGAGGUGACCCAAAAAAACGACAUAGAGGAUGUCUAGCAAGCAUCAAAGAGGCCAUGAUGAUGGUCAAGAUCUGAAAAUCACCGCACCAACCUUUGCGAGAAGGAUCAAUCCAAGGGCUUAUCUCGAUUGGGAAGAAGAAUGUAUUACAUCAAAGGACCAAUCCCAUUGUCUCGAACAUUUAGUAGAAGAGGACAUCGCUGGAACUUCUGGUAUUGACAAGUAUCUUCGAUAGGCGAGCUCCAUAAACUUCGAGCUGGAUGACGACUGCAUCAUCGUGCAGCUUGUCGAGUUUUAGGGUUUCACGCUCAUCAAAAAUGAUUUCGUUCUCUGAGAAGGUCGUUUUAUCUGGUCCUAGUGAUCCUAGGUCAGUUUUUCUGGGUUUCGGCCCAGAGUGUCGGGAUCGCUUUGUCUUAGAGUUCCUUGUGUGAAAGCAGGUUGCGUAUCUGAUUGAUUGAAAUCGGAUUCUUUGGGCAAUCGCUUCGUCGGCCUUUGAGAUCCGGUUCAUCCUUCAGAUUCUUAGAAACAAUGUUUUUGUUUUUCUUCUCCACAGACAGCGCCAAAAUGUGGAUCCUAAAAUCCGCACCAGGUAUUUUAUAGUGAUUUUAUGUAAGAUAUUAGGGAAGAAUAACUAUAUGGGAGAUGAUAUCCUCAGAACACAACAAUGUAAUCAGAUUCAAGUUGAUAAAAAUGAACUUUUAUUUAUAACCAGGUAGAAACACUAAAAGGGUUACCAAGAUUGAUCGAAUACAAGAAAUGUUAAACUGAAAUUGAUGAACACAAGUGUUAAGUCGAGGUCGAUGGAAAAGGUGAUAUUUCCACUAUUAAUGUAGCAUUUGAUUAAAUGAAGUGAUAAAUGGGGCUCCUUUGAAAUGGUGAGUAAUAAGUUUGUUAAGUAUACUGGUGAUGUCCUCAAGUUCCCAUAUCUUCAUUAUUCCCUUCCUCUUGAGAAGGUUCUAACCUAAAACAUAUCAUCUACAUUAAAUGUAGCUAAGUCAUAGACAUUGAAAGUGUGAGAAAUGUAGAACUCACCUGGUAACUCAAGCUCAUAGGCAUUGUUACUGAAGCGUUUAAAAGUUUUGAAAGGAUCAUCUCUUCUAGUAGCUUUCUUGGACCUCAUAUGAAACCAAACUCAAUUUCAUAGGUGUAAAGGUACUCUCCUCAAAUCCCUGGUUUGCUUGUUUCUUGUAUUGCUCAACUUUCUUUUAAAUGUUUGUUUAUUGUUCUUUGACCUUCUGAUAUAUGCAUCUUUCUCACCAACUCAGCUUUGGCUUUUCUACAGUUUGUCUCUCCUCUCCUAGAGAGGGAGCAUUUCUCUCGGAUCAUCUUUCUUAUCUCACUUAUAUCCUUCAGAAGGAUGUUUCGAACCCUAUUUUGAUUCUAAAAUAAGUUUCAGUUUUUAGACCGAUUAUGUGUUCCGGUUUGCGGAUUUCUUUUUUGCUUUAGGCGAUUUUGUCUUUGUUUGGCGAUCGGUUUGGUCAUUAGGCGACUUUUGAUGUGUUCUUAAAGCUUUCUUCUUCUUUGAUUUCAUUUGUAUCCCGGUAGAUCUCUAAGGUUCUUUUCACACUUAGUUAAAAAGCUUGGUUCUUGACUCUGGAUUAGGAAUCAAUCUUCGCCUCAGCUCAAGCGGAGUUUCCCAAAAGAUCAAGACCUGAGAUAUGUAUAAUCUCAGACAAUUUGAGGCAGUCCUAAUUAGGCCGAGCUUCUUCUAUAGGAAAGUGUUCUGGCAAGGUGAUCUAUUCAAUCUCUCUGAAGCUUUUCUUGGAUGAAUCUCUAACAAGUGAUAAAGAGUUCUUGGUGAAUCAAUGGCGGGUAGAAGAAGGAGCAGUGUGCAAGCAUAACAAACAAAGCGAGAAGGGAGCUUGAUGGUUUCUUGUCCGGUGAUGAGCUCCGGCGGUGAAAUCUCUCUCCUUACUUCUGCAGAGGCGAAGCCACGCAAGCACAAUGUGUCAAACAUGCAUCAACACUAAUCUUAUGUGUACUUCUACAAAGAAAACUAAUCUUUUGCGUUUGGGCUUCGUAAUGGGCCGAGUAUUUAAAUUUUAAGUUUGUAUGCUUGUAAUUUUUACCUAUUGUGCUUUAAUAAAAAUAAGUUGACAAAAAAAUAUUUAGGCAUAUCUCUAUAAUAUUAUUUGAGAAGUAAUUUUUCUACGUGUCGCACUCACGUUAAUUCUUACGACGGUUGAUUACAGAGAUAUCCUUAAUAAACUAAAAUAUUAUAUCUAAUUUCCAUUAUUAAUGUAUCAUAGAUAAUUUGAUUUCAUAAAAAAGGAAAGUUCACAAAAAAAAUUUAUGAAAAGAAAAAAAAAUUAAAUUAAAAAAAAAAUAUAUCACAUACAUAGUUUUUUUUGUCAGCAGCAUAUACAGACUCAUGUGGACUCUGUAAACCAGACCAGUAACUCCGCAUCCAUAUGGACAAUAAACGAUGAUUGUUUUCUUGCACUGUGUGCGAGACUAUCCGCCCUAAGUUCUGCAUCCUAGUUAUAUGAUCUCUGAGUUGUUGAAGUUUCUCUUCAAAAAUGAUAUGUCUCCCAAAUAACUAGAAAAGGCUGGUCAUUCUUCUGGUUCCGAAACCAUCUUCACCAGCUGAGCACAAUCAGUUGCAAAAGUCACAUUAAAUUGUCUAAGAUUCCUCAUACAUUCUAUUGCCCAAAUAAGAGCUUCUAUCUCCGUGUGUAGUGGCGAUUGACUCGCUCUCUUAUUCCUUGCUCCCAUUAAACCAUCAAAAUCUUCCAGCGUGCUAUACCACCCUUGUCUUAAAAAGAUUUCCUAAUUUUUCCAUGAUCCAUCAGUAAAACACCAUCGACCUGGAAUAGUCGGUAUCCUCGCCGCUAUUGAUAAUCGAGCUUGGGUGACUUCAUGUAUGAGUUUUAUCCGUGCUUUGGCCCAAAAGGAAAGUUCACUUCCUACAUAAUUUUAUUUCAUAAAAAGGAAAGUUCACAAAAAAUAAUCUUAAUAUUAUAAAUAUUUUUCGUUUAAAACACAGUCUUAAAUAACAUGAUAUAUAUAUUUUAAAAGUAAUAACAAUAUUUUCUUUAUAUCAAGCUGUAUUCUCAAAUGAUCAAACUAACUUAGAUAACAUAACAUAAACUGAAAUUUAUUUAAUGAACUAAAGUACUUUAAAACUAAUAUUACUGAUUUUUUUACAUAUCUUUUGCAUAAUAAUUUUCUAAACAAAAUUUAAAUUUUAUUUAAAAUUUCUUUAUAUCUUUUAUCAAACUACAUAAAUUAAAAAUAUCUAUAAUUUUUUUAAAAUAAUAAUCAAACAAUUCAAAAAAUUUGGUUUGGUAUUUAUUUUAAAAUUUAAUCUUAAGAAAGAUAACAUUUAUUAGAAAAAACAAAUCUUUUAUAAUAAAUUUUAUUUUAUUCAAAUAAUUACAGAAAUAUUUUUAAAUAUUGUAAAUGAAUAUAUUUUAGAUAUACUUUACCAUUAUCAAAACUUCUUUUUGCUUAAUAUUUAGUUUGAUUUAAGCUUUAAUUUAUGUUUGUACCACUCAAUGUCUCCUGAAUAAGAAUACCCAAACUAAUCUGAAUUGUGAUGUUUAAAAUUAUUAAUAUAGUUUUUAAAUUUAUCGUUUGUACAUAGAAAAUAUAAAUUACGUAAAAUUUAUAAAUAUUUAAUUAUAUUGUAAACAUUGAAAUCCAUUCAUUGACUUUCAAAAUUAUAUCAGCUAUGCUCUUUUAUGAAACUUCAAUCUUUAUUUCAAUUUUUUUUCUUAUUGUUUUAUUUUAAAUCAACAUCAAAUAUAAAAAAUGAAAAUAUAUUUAUACAUUGUAGAUGACGAACCAAACUCUUGCAUUGAAUAAAACUGAUCUUAUUUGGUUUAAUUAAAAAGAAGAUGUAUUUCAAAUUAAAGAAAUAUAUCUAACUCAAUAGACCGAUAAAUGAAUAAAUAGACCAAUCCAAUACUUUACACCCAGAAUUUAAAAUCAAAUAUAAUAAUAAUUAUAGUAAUAACACCAAAAAAUAGAUGCAAUACAAUAUACCCAAAUAAUAAUUAAACUGACUAGAUAUUAUAUACAUAAUAUCAUAUGUCUAAUUAAAAUAACAUAAUAGUAUUUAUACAAAAUCAGUUAUUAUGAUAUAAUAAAAUUGUAAUCAGUUAUUAUGAUAUAUUAUUUUGUUGAUAUUUAUUAUUUUAUACACGAAAAAAUUACUUAGUCAUUAUUAAAAUAAUGUAGAAAUACGAAGCCGUUUUUAUACUUUAUUUAUAUAGAUUUUGUUGCGCAAGUUUAAAGUCGUUGGACAGAAGAAGGUUUAAGAACUGGAAACUGUGAACAAAAAAAAAUCGAAGGAGGAAAAGGGAUUUGGUUUUAUUGGAGAGUGUGAACUGUUUAGCAGUGCCUGAGAUUACAAACUGGGAUCUGGGUUUUCUUGUUGGGGUGAAUUUUAUAGAAUCACACAAUCGAAGUUUAAUAAGAAGUCUUUCUCUUAUUAUCAAUCUCAAACUCACAAGUCAUAAUAUCAAAAUCACACAUUAUGCAUCACAAAAUGCAUCACUAUAUAUAUGACUCGAUAACUCCUAAUUUUAAUAGAUUUAACACAAUCAAUAUUUCCUAAUCCUAAUAGUUAUCCAAAGCUCGGUAGGAUUAGGAUUGCUUCACUUUCAAGCUAUCUUCAAGCUGGUUCCAACAUUCUCCUUCCUAAGCUUAAACUCACUCUCACACACAUCAUAGACACCAAUACGAAUCCUCAUCUCCACGAACUUAGUCCUCGCAAGUGAUUUGGUGAGGAUGUCGGGUCUUUGCUCGUUUCCGGGGACAUGUUCCACUUCCACUUGAUCAUUCUCAACACAUUCUCUUAUGAAGUGAAAUCUUCUGUGUAUAUGGUUACUUCGCCCAUGAAAUACCAGAUUCUUUUUUAAAGCGAUCGGAUCUCAGAAGACUCAAAAGACUCAGCAGAGCUAUAUUCUUAAAAAUGAGUUCUGUUUUUUUUUUUUUUUUGGUCACAAGGGAUUAACUAUAAUUUCACAAGGUUUUUGGGUUACUUUUGCAUUUGAUACAAGUUUGGGUAUACUUUUGCAAUCAAAAUCAAGUUUUGAGUCAUAUUUGGCAAAUUCCCCUAGUUUUUUUUCUUCUUUUUUUAUUGUAUUAUACAUUUGAAAUUUAAAUAUUUAUAUUGAUUUAUUUUUUUGCAAUAAAUUUAAAAAUAUAUUUGAUUUUUUUUUAUAAAAAAUAAAGAAUCGAAGCAAAUUUGUAGCUAAAUUACGUCUAAUUAACGAGGAAAUUGAAAAAUUGUUAGCGAGGAAUUCACUACAAAAAAACAUGCAGAUUCGUCGUAAAGAUUACAUGUAAAGAACGAAGAAAUCAAGCGUCUACUUUACGAGGAAUAAUUUUACGUGUACUUUACGAGGAAACAAUUUACGUGUACUUUACGAGGAAAAUGUUUACAUGGUUUUUACGAGGAAAUAGUUUAUGUGGCUUUUACGACGAAAUUAUUGACACUACUUUACGACGAAAUCUUUCGUCGUAACUUUACGAUGAAUUAGCGAUGAAAUAUACGUUACAACAAAUGUUUAACAAGGAAAUGGCAUUCGUAGUUAUUUCGUCGUAAACUCUAUUUUACGACGAAAUAACCACGAAAACCGUUGUCGUUAUACAUGUGUUUUCUUGUAGUGUAUGGUGUUGGUGAUCGAAGAAAUUUUUUUUUAUUAUUUUUAAAAAAAUUGGAACCGAAAAUACAUAUUUUUUGUAUUUAACAUUAAUUAGAUUUUUUUGUAAAACAUAUCCCAUGUGAUGAUUUUAUUGACAAAAUGACUUGAGUUUUUAUAUAUAAAAGAUGAAAAGUUCUACUAACAUAAAAAUAUAUUAAAUAAAGAAAGUGCUAGGCAAGUCUUUGAUGAUCACUGUGAAAGUUUUAACUAAACACGGUUGGGAGGGAUGGUUCCAACUUCCAAGGCGAUAGUAAAGAUGAUGUCUUAACUGUCAUCUCUUCUGCAAUUUUUACUGGGCGGUGGUGAUUUCAUCGUUAGAUUCUUUCUAUUUUCAUCUUCCUUGUCUCUCCAUGACUUUCACUAUCUAAACGGUUUUUUUUUUCUUUUUGAAGAAAAUCCAAACGAGAGUUCUCAGUUCGGUUUCACCGGCGUAACGGUGUGUACGUUUGGAGUAUUGCAAUUUGCAUAUAUACACUCUCCCUCCCCAUAAUGGCAUCUCGAAAGCCUUUUUUAAAACAAUUUUUAUGCGUGUUGUUCUUCUUCCUAAAGGAGAAAAUAUUUAGAUUUACUCACAACGAAUUUACUGAUUUCUUCUUCUCCUUCCAUUUCAUUCUUGUAAUCUCCAGAGUGGACUUUGUGGCCAUGAUCGACGACAAGACAAUCACUCCAUUUGUGCUAAAUCCAGAUUUAAGUGGUAAGGAUCUUAUCUUUAACGAUUUGCUUUGGAAACAAUUGCCAUGAAAACCACUAUGGAAACAAUGUAUAGAGUCAGAGAUGCAAUAAUGAAAAUUGGGAAAACAGUUUCUUUGUUGUAAGUUGAUGCUCUUAAAACCGUUGAAAAUUGGCAAUUCGAAUUUUUUUAUUUCAUUUGAGAGAAUCACUGUAGAGGUUAUUUGUGUACUAGCCAUAUUUGGAAGACAAAUUAGAUAAAUAACAAUGAUUUUGACAUAAUGAAAAAACUAACAUUUACAUCCUAAUUCAUCCGGUUAUAUCCUUUCUCUUCGCCAUGACUCGGUAAAAAAGUUCUUUAUGUAUCCACGUAAUCCAUAUAAUAUAUGGCUAAGUGUGCCUAGAAACUAUUUCACAUGAAAGAGAAGGAGUCAUGCACGUCAAACGUUUAUUGACCACAUACAUAUGCACUGAAUGUUUUAUUCCACAUGGCCAAAAUAGUAUAGGAUUAUAACUCCAUACACAACUCCUAAAUAUUAAACAUUACCCCAACUCCUAAAUACUAAACCCUAAAUUUCAAUCACUAAACCCAAACCCAAAUGUAAACUAUAAUAUAUAGUUAUAAUAUUUUGAAUAAAAUUAAAUAUGAAAUAGUAUAUAUUAUUGACCACAUACAUAUACACUGAAUGUUCUAUUUUACAUGGUCGAAGUAGUAUACGAUUAUGACUCCAUUCACAACCCCUAAAUGUUGAACAUUACCCCAACUCCUAAAUAAUAAACCCUAAACUCCAAUCACUAAAAUUAAACUCAAAUGUAAACUACAAUAUAUAGUUAUAAUAAUUUGAAUAAAAUCAAAAUCUGAAAUAGUAUAUACUAUUUUAUAAUGUUAACUAUACCAUAUAAAAAUAAAAAGUGGAAUGGACUUGUGCACCAAAAUCAUUUGUGUGGAUGUGGUUAACCAAAUGUUAAAAUUAAGUUUGUAAAUCACUUGUGUUGUGUUUAUUUAGCAAAAAAACACUUGUGUCAGUGUUGUUAACAUAUAAACCAAUAUUAAUAUCAAUGAUACAAUUUCAAAACAUGUAUCAUUCCAUUUCUAUUCUGCUUGAUGCAGAAUAGAACAAAAAAAAAGAUUAUCUUCCUGAUCAAAUUUUAGUAAGUAGUAACUGAUGGUGAUGAAAAAAUAAAUGAAUCUGAUGGCAACAGAGAAGAAGAUGGAUCUUAUGGAAUAGGAACGGUUUGUUAGUAUCCGCUGCUGCAACUUCAAUGCCAUCCGGUGGGGGACGAUGUCACAAGAGUAGAAGGAGACGCAAGUGAAAAUAGUGAAGAGGAAGUCAACAAAGAUCUGGAAAUCAGGCAGAGGUGUCGUUGUGGAGUAAAUCGGUGUCGGAGAACCGUUGAAUGCGAAGAAGUUACCGAAAAAAGUAAAAAGGGAAGAUGUGAAGUCGGGGGUAAGCCACAAUUUAUUUUUUGAGGUUAAUAAGUAAGAAUUUUAAUUAUUUUUCAUCAGGUUGCGCCGGUUGAUUGAAACGAUAAUACUGUAUUAUUAUAUAAAUAUAACGGCGUGUAUAAGACUAUUAGAGAAAUUGGUUACUCGGUGAAUUAUUCUUUUUUUCUUUGUCAUAGAACCCAAUUUUCCAUCAUUAUAUUGAGUUCUUUACAGAUGGACAUCUAUAUUUCUAAACGGGAAACUGGUCAUUGUUAUUCUAUAUACAACAAAGAAAACAUAGAAUAAUUUGAAGUUUCAUCGCAUGGUCUAUGUCCAAAUAUAAAGAUCGCAUCAAGACAGUUCUUCAUAUUUUAUCUAAUGUGUUGUUGUAAUAUUUCUCUUAAUUUUAUUUGCAUUUGGUUGUAUGUAUGUUAUCUCAUAUGUAAUGUUACAUUUUAUAUGAUCCGGAUAUGUCAGGUAGAAAUUCUUUUUACAUAUAAAUAUUCAUAGAGGAUACUGGGUUAGGUUUCAAUUCAAUUUUCUCUGAUUUUUCUCCAUAUAAAAAGACCAUGACUACCCAAAAACCUUAUUACGACAAUACUUUCCAUUGUAACGGUUACCCAGGUAGAAGAAUGAAGAGAAUAGGAACAAAAACCAACUGACACGUGUCUACCGAGCCUUGACAACUGUAUACCCUUGGUGACUCUAAAUUUGAUUCGCUGUGUUGCUCUCUUACAACUUUUAUGGUUGUUCCUUCCUUCUUUCCUUCCCCUUUGUCGUUUUUUAUUUCAAACGCCGGAACCAAUUUCCCACCAAAGCUCACCCAUCUUUCACCCUUACUCUCGCCGACGUCAUGUCACCCUCGCGCGAGACUGAGAACGGUUCUCGCUGCUCAUGUGUCAUCGAUGGAGUCGCCGGCGAUGAUUCCGGUGAAUCGUUUGACCUCACAUGCAAUCAUUGCAACGGGUCCAAUUCGAUAAAACCCGAUCUCUCCUCCUCUUGCUCUCCGUCUGGAUCAAAAUCGGAGAAGCUGCGAAGAAUCACCGUCGCUUCCAUCAAAGCAUUCUCCAUAGGUACUGGAAUUAAAGGUGGAUUGGCUAUUUUCUCAAUCUUUGCUCGUUUGGCUCGACGUAGAUCGAGGAGAACCGGUGAUUUCUCGAAUAGUGAAGCUAUUGCCAUGGGUAUUAAGGAAACUCUAAGAUACGGUCUAUUUUUGGGAACCUUUGCUGGUACUUUUGUCUCUGUAGAUGAAGCUAUUUCUUCUUUGGCAGGAGACCAAAGAACUGCAAAAUGGAGGGCUCUUUUUGCUGGUUUAGUGGCUGGGCCAUCUAUGCUUCUCACUGGACCAAACACACAACACACGAGCUUAGCUGUUUACAUUUUGAUGCGUGCGGCCGUUCUUGCGUCACGGUGCGGCAUUAAAAGCAAACGGUUUGGUUCAUUUUGCAAGCCGCUUACAUGGAAACAUGGAGACUUGUUUCUCAUGUGUCUCUCAUCUUCACAGAUUUUGUCUUCCUACAUUUUAAAGCAAGAUAGUCUUCCUUCAUCGUACAAAUCUUUCCUAAACAAACAAGGUGGGAAGGAUCUUUCUAUCAUACAGGGCGUUAAAGAUAUCGCAAGCGCCAAACCAUUCACCAAUUUAAGGGCAAUUGAGAAAUAUUACAAAUCUGUUGGAGUUGAUAUCAAACUUGAUCCUAACAUGAAAGUCCCCUGUUCGAUAAUUCAUGGAAAAGAGUCAUGUACUAAGCAUGCUCUUACAUUUUUCCUUCAAGCUUACAAGAGGGCGUUACCUGUCUAUGUCCCUGUCUACUUGAUCCCAGCGCUGAUAGUCCAUCGUCAAGACCUGCUAAAAAAGCAAUACUCAAUACUCGGUAAGGGUCUUCUUGGCACGGCGAGAUCAAGUUUGUUUCUCUCUACUUACUGCACUUCGUCCUGGGCCUGGACUUGCCUGCUUUUCCGGAUUUUUGAGACGUGCAGCAUACCGAUCGUGGCCAUAGCCACGUUCCCAACAGGUCUGGCUUUAGCAAUUGAAAAGAAAAGCAGAAGGAUAGAGAUAUCACUCUACUGCUUAGCGAGGGCAAUAGAGAGCUUCUUCACAUGCAUGACAGAUGCAGGAUACAUUCGACCGCCCAAGAUUCUAAGAAGAGCAGAUGUGGUCGUGUUCAGCGUUUCCACAGCCAUUAUAAUGCACUGCUACGCGCAGGAAAGAGAAGUGUUUCGAUCAAAAUAUUUGAACGUCCUAGAUUGGGUUUGCGGUGUUCCUCCUCCUCCUUGUGAAAAAACAUAGAGACAUUUACUUUCCUAUUAUCCACUUCAGAAGGUAAAACAUAAGUUACUUGUGUUUUUUAACUUUUAACGAAAAGUAGAAUUUGGUCGUAGAAUGUUCAUUUAAUAGUCUGUAGGAGUUUUCGUUUCGGGUUUUGGGAUAUCUAAUGAAGAGUUUUAAGCGAUAGGCCAAUUCUUGUUGUUCGUCUCUAAUAUAAUACACCAUAAUCUUCAUCGA